GGCUCACUCGGGGCCGUGUGAUAGUUUAGUAAAUUCAGAAACGUAAAAUGCCCAGAGAGAAAUUUUCAAACAGAAGUUGACUGGCUGACAUGAAAUCUCGUCUAAUGAGAAGGCCCGUCUCCGAGCUGGCGGUGACUGGGCGCCGAUGCCCCCCCUGCGAGGGCCCACAAGGCUGAUAGAUAGUUCUCACUCGAGAUCUCACGCAAAGAUCCACGCCUCAGCCUCAGCCUCCGUAACUGGACUUGGUAUCCCAUACGGCCAUUUCAGCACCGAAAGUAUGAAUGCGGGGCUAUGCAUUCUAUAUUCGAAGUCAGCUCAAUUGACUCUGCCAAGCGGGGAGAUUACUUUGCGAGGAGGGGAGAUGGUUGAUUUGGACGGCUGGACUUGGCGCCGUGACCGGAACCAGCACAGGACCUCAGAGAUGAAGCCUCACGUAAGAAGCCGCUUUCCUUUGGACUGGCAACGCCUACAUCCGAUCCCGAAGAGCCAAGAGCCAAGAGCCAUUAUUGCCCCGAAAGAGGAGGGCCAGCAGAGAGCGAGCGGAUGGGAAUUAUUCAGCCGGCCGAACCUGGACGCGAGAGGUGCGAGAGCACAGUCAGCACCGCAUCUCAUGUCCAAUCAAGGGCCCUCCAUUUAACUCCGUCCAUCCAUCGGCGGAAUCGAGAGGACAAAAGCUAUCGCCGGCCUCGCGUGUCUGGCGAAUGGGAGAGAUUUCGCUGUUAACGUGAUCGAUCCCCUUGGCCUGCGGAU